AUGAGUAAAAAAAGUAAUAAAACCCGAGCAAUCUGUUGUAAAUUCGAAAACAAACUGGCGUCACAAGACAAAUCAGUUCUCAAUCAGACGUUCACUUUGGACACAAAUAAAGAGGAAAGAUGUCGUGAAUUUUGUAUUGAAGAUGCUAUAAAUGGAUUUUUGCCGAGAGCAAGGAGCAGUGGACCGAGAAGUAGUGUAAAGAAUAAGAAUGAUGAGAAUGUUAGAAGAGUUCGCUCCGAAACGGCCUCUCUGUUUUCGUCAACUUGUAAACUUCCAAUGCUCGAUGGAUCGGUUGCCAGUGAGAAGAAAACGUGCACUAUUCGUCCAUGGAGCCGUACUCAAGAUGAACUUCGUAAAUUCAAGGAGACAUUGAAGUCAACUACAGUCACUUCAACUACUGCUUCAUCUAACUGA